CUGCGAGCUGUUCUCGGAGCAUGGACGACGACGACGACGACGUCGUCGUCUUGAUUGCCCCUCCGGUUACUCAGACGACUCGGAAACGGCGCAAGGGCAAAGAGGCUAUUGUGCCUGAUGUGAUUGUAAUUGAUGAUGAUGAAGAUUCAGACACUGGAAAGUUUUUGAAUAAGAUGAGACAUGAGGGAAGUUUUAAAAGGACGAUGGCCAUACAUCAAGCUAAGGGAGCUUUGGCCAAUAAUUUUGUUAGUUCUGGUAAGACUGCUUCUUCCUCAGCAUCACAUAAGGUUGCCUAUGGUGAUCUUUCGUUGGAUGAGGUUAUUGAUGUCGAUGAGUAUGCCCAAUUCCAGUCCCACUUUGAUAAUCUGGACAUUCCUCCUGGGGUAGAGGCACCUAUGCCAUCUAUCCCGUGGUUGUUGAAUCCACGUAAAAGUAAAACUGCAGUUUCUGGAAGCAGUUCUCUGGGUACAAAGUAUCAGGCUGCAAAGAGUUUUGCCUCGGCAUCUCAUAAUGUGAUGGACAUAGAUGGUCCUAGUUUUGAUGCAUCCAAGUCCAAUGGUGACUAUACUGGUCUUUAUUUGGACGAGUUCAUAGAUAUCGAUGAGUAUGCCCAAAUGACUGCUUAUUUUGAUGAAGUGGAUGUUCCUUCUACAAUAGAAGCACCAUUCCCACUUGGUCUCUCGUUAUCAAGUUUUACGGGGAGUGUGAAACCAGAUUUUGGAAGUAGUUCAAGCAUGAAGAACCAAAAAGAUAAUGUUAGUCUUUCUCCUGGGAUAUCAUCAUCAUCAUCUUGGAAACUUCCACAAGUAUCCAGCAGCAAAAAGAAACAAUCCUAUCUGCAACACCAGGGGAGCUGUUCUAGUCACUCACUGAGAGCAGAAUCGUCAGAAUUUAAAACAAAAAUUCCAAAAGAGGUCUUGGUGAAGCAAGCUUCUAGCAUGAAUACAGAUAAUACCACGGUGAAGGCAGAUGGUUUCAAACAAUUUGAUACUGUUGAAGAUUAUUCAGACCAUCAUUAUACUAAUACAAGUCAGUUAACAAAGGAGAAGAACUGGGCAAAGAAAAUUCAGAACGAGUGGAAGAUCCUGGAGAAAGAUUUACCAGAUAUGAUAUCCGUAAGAGUUUAUGAAACAAGAAUGGAUCUGUUGAGAGCUGUAAUUGUUGGGGCAGAGGGUACUCCUUACCAUGAUGGCCUCUUUUUCUUUGAUGUUUCCUUCCCCAGUAGGUACCCCAAUGUGCCGCCGCAUGUUUACUACCACUCUGGCGGUCUUCGACUAAAUCCUAAUUUGUAUGAUUGUGGGAAAGUAUGCCUCAGCCUUCUCAACACCUGGUCUGGGGGUAAGCAAGAGAAGUGGAUCCGUGGUACGUCAACGAUGCUUCAGGUUUUGGUCUCUAUACAAGGGCUGAUAUUGAAUGCAGAGCCCUACUUCAAUGAGCCUGGAUGGGCACGUCAGAAGGGUAAACCUUCUGGUGAAGGGCCAUCGAAGAAGUACAAUGAGGACACCUUCAUCCUAUCUCUAAAGACGAUGGUCUACACAAUGAAGAAGCCUCCAAAGCAUUUCAAGGACUUCGUUAUCGGGCAUUUCCACAAUCGUGCUCAUGACAUUCUAGGUGCAUGCAAAGCAUAUAUGGAUGGAGCUCAAGUGGGGUGUCUAGUCAAAGGUCAGGUUCAGGGCGUUAAUGAUAACAAGAGCUGCUCACAGGAGUUUAGGAACUCUUUAGCUGUGUAUUUGCCCACCCUUGUCAAACAGUUUACAGCGAUCGGUGCCAAGGACUGUGAGAAAUAUUUACCGCCAACAGCAAUAGGGAACAAGCAGAAUCACCAGAACGGUAGCAUGCAUCAGGCUGCAAGACCAACAUUUCCAGUUUGGUCGAUGAAGCCUUUUAAGUUUUGGUAGAUGCCGUAAUGGAUGGAACUGAUUAGUUAGUUAACUGUCCCCGACUUCCCGUGUAGGUUCGAGACUUCCCCAUUCUCAUUCGUGCUGGGCCUGAGCAUUGCUGCUUUGGUCAUAACUUAUGGAGGGGCUAGUAGUCGUUUAAAAGUGUCUUAAGCUUAA